AUGAAGAGAAGCUCUGAGCUGGAGCAGCUCUCACGCACUGAAGACCACCUCCUCCAAAGCUUCUCAUCUUUGAACGCUGUUCCACCCACCAAGGACUGGACAGAAGUCAGAGUUCACUCAUCCUAUGUGGGGACUGUGAGGAGAGCUGUGGCUCAGCUGGAAGAGACACUCCGUAAACAGAUGAAGAAACUGCUUGAGGCUGAACUGAAGAUUGUCCAGCAGUAUGCAGUGAAUGUGACUCUCAAUCCAGAAACAGCAUAUCCUAAACUCAUCCUGUCUGAUGAUGGGAAAGUUAAAGAGAAGACUCACUGGACUUUAGGAGUGGCCAGAGAGUCAAUAGACAGGAAGGGAAAAAUUAAAGUUUGCCCCAGGAAUGGAUACUGGACUGUAUGGUUGAGAAAUGGAAAUGUAUAUCAUGCUAACACUAGCCCUUCUGUCCGUCUAUUGCUUAAGUCAAAGCCUCAGAAGGUGGGGGUGUUUGUGGAUUAUGAGGAGAGUAUGGUCUGUUUUUAUGAUGUAGAUGCUGAAGAUCUUAUUUACUCCUUUACUGGCUGUAAUUUCACAGUGAAACUCUAUCCGUACUUCAGUCCCUGUUUCAAUGAUGGUGGUAGAAACUCUGCACCUCUGAUUAUCGUGCCUGUCAAAAACACAUAUUUGACUAAUGAGUAGAUUUUCAAAAGAAAUGACUUAUUUGAAUGCUGUUAACACCAUAAUGAGAUCAGCUUUUUGUAUGGAAAGGCCACCAAACAAACUGAACAAUCAUUCAAACCAAACGUCUAUUUAUGCAACUUCAACAAAAGGCUGGUG